AUGUUGGCGCUUCAUAUCGCCCUUUAUGUCCUCCUGGGCACAGCCCUGCUCUUCGCCAUUGUUGAACUGGGUUUAUCCGCUUAUGUUGUCUCGGGAUACUCCGGCAGCUUUGAGGAAUACACCUGUAAUGGCUUCUCGUGUGGCUAUCAAACCGUCAAGGUCUCCACACCAGGCAUCCUAGCUUUCCUUGUCUUUGUGUCUCUAUGGACGAUGAUCGUCUCGGUCGCUGCCGCCGUCUUGCCCUGGUUCUAUGCGCGAAAGGGAAAUGUCACUUCAAAGUUGAAUAUGAUUCUUGGAAUUUCCACUAUCGUCGUUUACUUCAUCACCUCCGUCUUUUGGUUGGCUUGCUUCGCCGAUAUCGUGACCAUCUUCGGCGCCGGCAAUGUCUACAGCGAUUAUCUGAACGCGGUUGUUGCUUUUGCCGUCCUUCUGUGGCUCAUCUUUGUCGCCCUCGUCAUCCUCACUAUCCUCACUGCUGUCGGUGUCCUCGUCUCCAGCUGGCCUGGCCACCAAAACAUGCGCCAGAACCACGUGCCGGGGACUGCCCCGGCACAUGAUGUACCCAUGAGUACGACCCCAGUUGCUACCCCUGCCCCUGUCCCCGGUGCUGUCCCCUCCGAGCUAUAUGCGCGCGAUGCUGAGGCUUUGCAUGAUCAGGCACACAGCCAAUCCCAUAGUAUCUCUUCGCCAUCGGCCAUCAACAGCUCGGAGCUCGAAGGGAGCACCGGGCAUAAAUACUAG